GCCUGGCAGCACCCUGCGCUGCCACCAGCAGCGCAAGCGCGACGAGCGCGGAGCGGAUGGCCACCCCGCCAGCGCCGCCGGCGCCCCGCGACCCUGGCCCAGGCGGGCCUCUGCCGCGGCCUCCACCGUGAUGGACGCGCCGGUCGGAUACAGAACCAAUGGGAAGCUCAGCACCAGCGCCGUGCAGUAUCCGAGCUGCGCUGCCACCUUCAGGGCGCUCCCGUCGGGGAGGUCCAGCAGCACUAUCGCGUGAGUGCGGUCUCCGAACGCGUGCCGAUCGGAUAUGCCAAGGCCGCAAAGAGGGUGAAGAACACUGUCACGCCAACCAGUGUCCAGGUGAGCACCGACUUGAACUGCGGCCGCAGCGUCGCGUCCGUCACCACCUCGUACAUAGGCAAGAUGAGACCGAUGCCCUCAAACGUAUAUAUGGCAAUACCCAGGCUGAGGACAUACGUAUCAAGCUUCACCAAAUGCAAGGGCGUCUGGACAGGGCCGUGGACGAGCCGUCCUCCGACGCAUGCCAGAAUCGCGGCAAGACCCAGCAUGAUCCGCGAGGUCGCAGCACCGCCAGGAGUGGUAAGUAUCCCUCUAUGUGUGCUCGCCCUGGCCGUGAGUUCAUCGCACUAUUUUAACACUGCUCGUCCAACGCGCUGUCGCACAUGAUAACCCACAACUCCGAGACGAAUACACGUUGACAUCAUGGGGAGUGCGCCAUUAAUUACGUUAAGACCGAACAUCUAAUCGACCGUGGCCAUGUGCCAGCACGAGUCAAACGAUGUGGAACAUAGUGGUUGACGUCCUAAUCGUACCUUUCAGGCGCAUGGAUCGACCACAUGCAAAACUUAGAAGUAUUGAAACCUAUAAUGGCGCACCGUGCUCGUCUAACAUGAUGAGCAUGACUUCCCCAAAUAGUUGCAAAACAAGUUCAGGCAAUGCAGCGCCGAAAACGAAGGUCAGAACGAACACAAGGUAUGGCAAAUCUGAGAUCACGCGACCUGUUCCUGGAGAUUUCGGUGCGCGAUGAAUAGGUGAGCAGCUACGUGCACCAGAAGCCUCGACGGAGUACCAUCACCAGCGAUUCGAGAGGGGCCGAAGUUCGAAAUGUACCAGGACGAAUCAAAGACAUGUAGAAUGAGUUAUCCAAGCGAUG